CAAUAUGCUUCAUUUCAGGUGGUGGCCAUUAUUUCUGUCCUGUUCAUCGUCUUGUCAACUAUAGCCUUAACACUUAACACCAUACCAGCACUCCAAGACCGAUCCAAGCCAAAAGAAGCAUCCGAUAAUCCACAACUUGCAGUAGUCGAGGCUGUUUGUAUAGGCUGGUUUACAUUGGAAUACCUAGCUAGAUUUUGGGCAUCACCAAAUAAGUGGAAAUUUUUCAAGGGUCCCCUUAAUGUAAUAGACCUUCUUGCUAUAAUGCCUUACUUUAUAUCUUUAGGACUAACUGAAUCAAAUCGAGAUACUACAGAACAAUUUCAAAAUGUUCGAAGGGUUGUACAGAUAUUCCGUAUUAUGAGAAUUCUUAGGAUUUUAAAAUUAGCUAGACAUUCUACGGGCUUGCAAUCCUUGGGUUACACGUUACAGAGAAGUUAUAAGGAACUAGGACUCCUCCUUAUGUUUCUUGCCAUUUCUAUAUUACUAUUUUCUAGUUUAGCAUAUUUCGCAGAAAAAGACGAACCGGAAACAAAAUAUAAGUCAAUACCCGAGACAUUUUGGUGGGCCGCCAUCACUAUGACCACUGUAGGUUAUGGUGACAUAUAUCCCACCACUGUUUUGGGGAAGGUAGUUGGUAGUGUGUGUUGUAUCUGCGGAGUGUUGGUUAUUGCUCUACCGAUUCCCAUCAUAGUUAACAAUUUUGCCGAGUUCUAUAAGGAUCAAAUGAGACGCGAGAAGGCAUUCAAAAGGCGCGAAGCUCUCGAGAAGGCUAAAAGAACCGGAAGCAUCGUCUCUUUCCAUUCCAUCAACCUGAGAGAUGCUUUUGCUAGAGAUGUCGACCUGAUGGAAGUAAACUCUCCCGGUUCUAAAGGAGACAACCAGGACGCGAGUAGUUCUGACAGCAAAGGUACGAGUCCCCCACCAUGUGUCAUCAAGUUCAACAACCAAUCCACGUUCCCUCAUAACGGUUCUGAAGGGUGUAACGCCAAAUCACUAAAUGUAGACAACGAUAGUACGAACAAUCUUCUAGAUGCAGAUGAAGAGUCGCUAAAACGAAUGACGUCAUCACAACCACUGCUUAAUUCGCAACCUCAGGGACUUCUGGGAUACUCACAGGACAGUGAAAGUUCAGACCGUAUCGAGAUGAAACAACUUCACCGGCAGAACAGUACCACUAGUACGGAUACAUAUAAUAGUUGUAUGACCCACCCGCACAAUAGCCCCUCCCUCGUCGGGCUGGGCAGCCAGGGUAGCCAAGACCCCCCUCAAAAUAUUUACGUUAACCCACUUGAUGAUCCCCCCGGCGGAAUUAACAACGAUGUGCAAUGUAACGAGUCUUAUGACUCAUUUUAUAACGAUCUUCAAGGGAAUAGAAAUCAAGAAACUGGUUUUAACAAACCGGAUGUGACGUUUUGUCCUAAUCAAAUUGUGCAGUCGUUGAACUCUGGUUUGUCCACCACGUGGGAACGUAGUGAUCCCAAUCAACCACCACAUUUAUAUAGUCUACCACCUGAUACUGUUUAUGCUGUCGGUAAAGAAGGCGGUCUUUGUCCUCGUUAUCAUAAACCACAAAAAUCAAGCUUUAAAAGAUACAAAUCAUUAUCUGUUGAAAAACAAGCCCGUUUUUCUGAAGUGAAAGAAAAGAACUAUUCUUCAACAGAUAAUUUACAUUCGCACAGCAUGGGCAAAUCCAAAAUCAAAUUUAGGAAAGCGGUGUCGUUAGCCAACCGUCUGCACGCUAGUCCUUCCACUGGGCGAAAAUUGGCUAAUUAUCACCUAAUAUCUAACACGGACUCAGGACCCGGAAAAUGGAGCGACCAAGAUUUGCGAGAAGAAAGUGGUAAACAAUCGCCACAGCAGCGAUCCAGUCCUUCAUUAUUCGAACCUUCCCCGCCGAGGAAACGAACCUUAGUAAAAUCAGAUGCUGUGCAUCUAGAUGAUAACUUUUUAGUGUCUUUGUGUACGGACGGAGACUGUGAUAAGGUGUCUAAUUUGACAAUCUUACAGAAACCCGAUAUGUGUGAUAAUACUAAAAAACAUUUUGGGCAGAAUCUGCCACCUGUGCAAACUAAUAGUUCUUUUCAAAAUAAUCGGACGUCCAAAGUGCCACAAUCAAUUAAAUGUGUAAAUAUUGAAACGGUAGGUGAUGCUAAUCAACGAUUUACUCCAGAAACGCCCGAUCGUUUGGAAGAGGAUUUGGAAUUCAGUGACAGCAUAGCUAUCCCUAAUAAAAUUAAUGCACCCAAAUGUACCGGUGUGUUACAUGGGAAUAUUCCAGUUCAAAGUGAUACCAGUCCUUCUGAUAAUUUAGAAAAUGAUGAAAGUUAUCUAGGUUCCUUUAAUUCUGCUGAUUAUUCCUUCUCUGAUGCUAGCUUUUCCGACCCUAAUUUUCGAAAGCCUUCGCCUUCCAGUGACGUGUUCGCGCGUACCGAGGAUAGUGAGGAUCAUACUACAGUCAGUAUUUAUGAAACGGCUGAUUCCAUGGCAACUGAUAGUGAAACUAAUAUGGAUAAUAUUGUUAACUUAAGUCCAGGAACUGACCAACAGGAUAAACCCAGUAACCAUGGCAAUUUAGGAUUACCGGAUGCCAGUGGAUAAAAAUGUUUCGUUUUUGUUUUUUUUUAUGAAAUGAUAAGAAAAAAGGCGGUUCGGAUUAAGGCGGCAAGCAGAUGACCUGUUUUAAAAUUUGGUAGUUGGUGUAAAUCCAAGAAAGUUUUCCAUGCUUCCAGUAAAUCACGUGACUUAUUACGUGAUGAUGACGUAUCUGAGCAGCUUCCACGUUCAAGUUAGUGGUGUCAGGGCCAACUAAUAAGACAAUGGUCUCAAUAUACCCGGUUAGGGUUUAUGCAAUCGAUAAAAAAAACAAAACAGAAAACAAAUACUGAUAUUAGGGUUUUCUAUUGUAUGGACAUUUUUCAUUUUGGAAUUAACUAUAUCAACUGUGAUUUUUAUUAUGUGGUGUAAAGAAACCAACGUUUUAUAACACCUUUCCUUCUUUACCUGGUGCACCCCUCCUCUUAUUAAAACAUCAUAGUGUGAACAGAUCGCUGUAAUUUAACCCUGUGUACUUUACUAGUGUCGUUUAGAUCAGAAUUGUUUAUGUUAUUUUCUUUUUCACUUGUAAUUUAACGGACGAUACAUUUUCACGAACAUACAUUCGGCUUUCUUGGCGGAUUCAGAUUCUCAGGAACAAGUUGUGCGAAUAUGUGUUCAAAGUGUGCUAAAUUUAAACGGAUAUGACAUACGUGGUGUGAAGUUAGCCACACGAUGGUGUCCAUGUGUAGUGUCUGUAUUUUCCCGUAAUUCAACAGAAACUAAUGUAUCUCUGCUCAACAGAGACUUUUGUAUUAUAUACUAAUGGAUUAUAUUAUAUUAUACAAAGACUUCGCCAUACGAAAUUGUUAAUAUGGUUAUUAAGAUUUUUGUCAUGAUUCUCUGUGAUUAAUUUUAAUUAUAGCUUAAUUUUUAUUUUUUUGACAAUUCAUUUGAUUUUCGUUCACACAACCAACAUGAGUGAAGAUACAUGGUAAGUUGAAUUAUUACAGGACAGUGUAUUAAAUCUUUAAGGUUUUCUGAGUCAAGUAAGUAAAUUCAUUCACAAGUAAAUGUAUGCAGAAAACAUGUACAGCUAAAAGCCAUCCUUGUGAAACCACCAGUCAAGAAUAUUGUACUAACACGUUUACAAAAUGUCUUAACUUAAAACCGGUUAAUGCCAGAAUGAUUUUUUAUACCUAGCUAUUGUUAGUUUUUGUAAGCAUUAUCUUUUUCAAUUUUGCCUGAAGUAAAUGCAUUUUUUAAAUUAGAAAUUUUGUGUGGGCAUUUAUGAUGAUAGAAACUAAGUAUUCGUUCUUUACUUUCUUUCAUUUAACGUAAUAAAAUAUGCUACUCCUUCAGUCAUUCCAAGUGUGAAGAUAACCGAGUCUAGGAUUUUGUUAUUUCCAUUUAUGUCUGUGAUCAUCGAUCUAUAAUUACAUCUACCGAUACAAAAACAUUGACUGGGUUCGAAGUUAGAUCGUUUCGUCUACCACGGACGCUUGUGAACUGUUUUAUAUGCAAUUUCGUGUUUAGGAAAACCUCUAAUAAAAUCUAUCGACUGUGCUUGAGGUGCCACCACAGCUUUUCUCUUGGUUUUAUCUCAUUUGGCCCACAUUUUAUACGCGUAUAUUACACUUUGAAGAAUAUUGUGUUACAUUUAUCGUUGUAUCCUUCAAACUUGUAGAAUUGUUCAUUGCAUCAGAACUACACUAUCGAAAUUAAGAAUGUUCAUCGGUAAAACGCCGACAGAAGGAGCUAUACAAGGUAAAGCCAGUGACCUAAAUGUAUACAAUACAGUAUGGAGUUUAAGAUUUGGAAUUUUCGCAAAUCGCGAUUUACCUGUUACGAUUUUUAGAUCAGCGUUCUUUGCCUUGACAUUCCAUACCCUGUUUUAUUUUAUAAUUAAAGAUUAGCGUGUUUGGUUUCCACCGCCACGCUAUUUCUUACUUUUGUUUGUUUUGGACAUACUGACAUAAUCAGUGAUCUAUUUAAUCCAGUCAAUUGUUUUUAUUGGUACGAGAGAAUGAUUAAAGCUCAAAUUUUGCCAUCAUCGUGCAAUUGUUUAUAAAGUUCGGCGUUCGUAUUUAUAGGUAAAAAAAAUGGUAGUUGCAUAGAUGUAAAGAAGAAAUGUUCAUUCAUUAGUUGCUUGAGGGUUCAUUAUAUUUAAAGGAGCUAAACUUCUUAGAUUUUGGUUAAAAAAAAUAGAGCAUUGAAUUGGUUUAAUUGAAUGUGUUUGGGGUGAGUCAGUUUUCUUUACCAUUUAAUUUUCUAAGCAUUAAGCGGAAGUCAGUUUGAUUACUUUUAGUUGUGUACCUGGCUUAUACCUUUUUUUGUUUUUUGUAAGGGAUUAAUUGCAAAAUUGCAAAUAAAGAGUAGGCCGCUGGAACUUAAAGAGUUGGGAGAAAAUGAUUACGUGACUUCCGAUCAGGUGAUUAGAAUUAAAUAAUUGUAUUAUAGGCAAUUUCUCUUUUUCAACCAAACAACUUAGAUCAGAAACUCUUCUGAAAGACUGCAUGAACCUCAGUGCAAUAGAUUAAGACAAAUUGUACGCUACACUAGCUUAAAGGAGUUCCUUAUUUACCACGUGAUUCUUUAUCAAUCUGAUCAUUUUCUGCUAUUCUCCUGUCUUCCAAGUAGAACUAUGCUAUACUCUCCUCUUCUGAGUAGACUAUACCAAAAGUAAAAAUUAAAACCCCCAGACCGAACUGAGUAGUAAGAGCGCCAUUACUGAAACAUUUUGAUUCAUCCAGUAGUGUCAAAUGUCUUUGAACAAACUAUUGAAUAAUUUAUAUAUUUAUUAGAACAAAUCUCUUUUAAGUUGUGUGUUUUAGUCUAAUGUAAUUCAAAGAGAAGCAACAGGAAAUACUCAACAUUUUCAUCAGAGCAUAACUUUUUCUUUAAUUCUCCAUACCGAUUAUUCUCAUCUACUUCAUUUAUUAUUUAAUAACUGACAAUCCCAUAGCAGUGACGUAUACAGGAAUUCCAAAAUAAUGUAUGCGUACGUUUUACAUAAUAAUGAUAUUAAAGGUGGUAUUGGUGCUAAAUAUGUAUUAAAUUCUGGAGUUCAAUAUUAAGUUAAAGAUGCAUUAUGUAAGAGCUAAAUCUGCCUAUUGUAUGUCUUCAAACGUAAAAUAUAUUAUUAAGCAGGCAUUUAUUCACAUGACAAGCCCACAAUCAAGUUUAUAUUGUAGGUCUUUUUUCUGGCUUCAAACGUUAUAUAUAUUAAGCAGGCAUUACAACCAAGUCACUAGAUCUUCGGAUGACUGUGAUAUUGAAUGGAUAAGAACACUCGCGCCAUUUAAAGAUACAUUAUGGGAGUUUCGAUAACGAGUUGGCAGUUCUCACUAUAAUAGUUAAAAACUAAAUAAUGUAAAGGCAAUUUGCUGAAAAUUUAAUUCAAAUUGAUCCACUAUGAACCGAGAACUAAGCGAUUGAAAUUUCCGCCUAGCCUCUACUAAAGUCAGUACUAUAAACAGCAUAGUCUCGAUUAUCCAUUUAAUCGUAAAUCGUGCAGAAAAGUUAUGCAGUAAAGAUCGCAGGCUAAGGAUGCCAUCUAGAGUUGAUUAUGGUCUGGAUAAGUUAAUUAAUGUCUAAUUAAUAAUUUAGAUAACAUUUCAGGCCUAAAGAAAGACCUGCAAUAGACAGAUUUAGCUCUUGCACAAUGUAUGUUUAAUAAUUUAACGUUAAAAUGGAUAAUCGAGACGUUUACAAUCGUAGGAAUGGUACUUGACAAUCGAAACUCCCUAGUCAGCACUUCAAUCACUCAUAACUUAGAAUUGAGUAAUUUGACUGAAUUUUUGAAAAUAUUUAUUUUUCAUUAUCUGUUUUUAAAUUCGUAUAGCAAGAACGGUCAACUCUCUAUCUAAUGUAUCUUUUAAGACCUAACGGGGUUUGGGAUAAUAUAAAGCCUUCCUAGAUACGCCACUGUCAGGAUCCAGAUUAUAUUUCGUUUCUUCUAGUUACUGAUAAGUCUGUACUAUUUUGACGGUACACGUAAAAUGUCUUGAAUGUGAACAAAAUUUAAUUAGUGUUAGACUCUAAAUGACGAGUGGCUACGUUAAACACGACACGCUAUCAAAAACUAAAUGAAUAUUUUGCCCUGUCGUAGUUAGUAUUUUAGUAAUAGGUUUAUUAUUACAUUUUUGUCUCCCGCCUUCCGAAGAAAGCUGGGGACUAUUAAUUUGGGUUCGUCCGUCUUUCUGUUUGCCAGUGUGUAUAUCUGUCUCUCGGUCACACUUCUUGGGGCACAAUAAUAAUAUAACUCUACUUCCAAUUUAACCGAAUUCCGACCUGUGAGAACAGCAACUAUAUAUGGUUGAACCAAAGUCCGCGUUCAUUAGGUGAAUGCCUUGAUGGAGUAUUAUGAUGAACAUUGUCUGCUUACGGUAAGCAGGGAUAAGCAAUCUGAUUGGUUGAUGCUUUGGGGCACUAUAACUUUGGUUAUAAUUAAGUGAGAGUAAUGAAACUCCGGGUAUAGAUUCAUUAUAUCAUUACCUUGACUAAGUUCGAUGAUGAGAAUGUUCUGCUUAGGCUAAGGAGCAAUAAGCAAUUUAAAUGGUCAAGACUUUGGAACGGAACAACUCUGAUUUAAAUUGAGGUAGACUGUUUAAACUUGAUGUGGAUGUGCAUAAGGCGAAUGUCUUGACUGAGUUCAAUGAUUAACAUUUCGAGCUAAAGCUAAGCUGAGUUAAGCAAUUUCAUUGGUCAAUGCUUUGGGACAACAUAACUUUGAUUAUAUCUGAUAGAGAGUGAUGUAACCUAGUGUAUAGUUUAUAAUCAGUUUGAUUGCUUGAUACUUUUGAAAAAAAAAUAAAUGUGCCAUUAAUGAAUAUGUGUCAUCUAUUUAUUUUGGGGUUUCGGCGGGGGACAUCAGCCUCCCUGUUGGCGUGUUUAAUUGCUAGAUGCUUUAUAAAAAGGUAAAUGUUCAAGUUAUGAAUGAGUGCCAUCUCUUUAUUUUGGGAUUGACCCGCGCCACACCAACCUCGCCGUUUGGCUUGUUUUUCUUGUUUUAAAAAUAUAUCUUGAGAAAUAAUAUAAUUUAAAAACCAAAAUCUACUGCAAAGGUUUUCUUACUUUGCCGAUGUCAAAGAUUUCCGACAAAAACAAAUCGCCUUGUGUGCGCUUACCAACCACUUGAGACAAGUUCAUAUGUUUCAAAUAAAAUGAAAUGGGGUAGUUUGCGUCCUCCUACUUUUCUGCACAAACCUGUAAAGGUCCUGUGUGCGCUACACAUAAGUCAAUGUUUGGGAAUAUGACUUUAUUGUGUAUAUGGUUAUAAUUAAAACGCUUUAAUUAAUGUGGUCGUUCAUUGUCGUCUGUCUUAUCUGUCCGUUCAUACUUCUAUCGUCCACAAUUCCAUGUUAACGUUCUAGAGGCUUAAGUUAUCAUCUGAAAAAUUGUGUGGCAGCCCUGAAGCGGCUGAAGUUUAUUUUUAUCCCGGGAUAUAGGAGCCUACAAUAAUUAUGGCCCUUGUGUACGCUGUACUAACGACAGGCAUCACCCAAUUGACUUGACAUUAUUACACAGUGUAUAGACCCAUACGUAGGGCCCUGGGACAAGCAACUCUACUCCCGGACUCGAAAAUGUUUGAAAGAUACAAGGUCUCUAGCGUCAAUUUGGCGUAUAUCUGGGGUAACUGGAGGCAACUUAGCUAAAACACAGUAGCUGAGAUUGGUAAAAAUUUCGCUUCCAGUUUCAUUUUUUAUGGUCGGAGAGUAGUCAACCUUCCUUACAGCGAUCGAUAACCGCGUGUCUGAUCACUCAACAUAACUGUAGCGUUCUACGAGCCCAGAUUUGGCCACAAUUACCUGCCUGGGCUAGUAUACCCCGAAGGGUAACGAGUGCCUCAAACGUUACGAGGCCGGGCCGGGUCGGGUGGCUUAUAGAAAAAAAAUGUGGACUGACAGAAUCCGAUUCUAAUCCUACCCACACAACUAGAUACCUACAUUCAGAAAGUCUGUUGUUUUUAUUAAUUUACGCUAACAAUAUUUUUAUACGCCCACAUUUUCAUGUGGACGUAUUAUGCCGUUGCCCCUGUCCGUCUCGGUUCCUUUCGAUAUUGGCAUGUACUGGACCAUAACUUCAUGAAUUAUGAAUUUCUUGAAAAUCGGACCAGAACUGCCGGACAAAUUAAUGGCCGCCCCGCGUACGCAAAUAGUGUAAACAUCUGGUAUAUCAAGGUUGUGGACCCUCUAGAGGUCAUAAUUUUGAUCCGAUUUUAAUGUAACUUGAAACACAUGUUUAUAACCCACGGAUUGUGGUCCCUGUCAAUAUUCGCGCAUAUCGGAUCGUAACUUCCUGAAUUAUGGCCCAUGAUUGUACAAAAAAUCACCUUUUUAACUUGUGAUCCCUGUGGAGGUCACAAUUUUUAUCCGAUUUAAAAAAAACCGUGUGAAUAUAUCACCGUUACGCGCUAAGAUCUUGGUUCCUUUUGAUAAUCGCGCAUGUCCGAACGUAACUUCCUGGAUUAUGGCCCCUGAUUGUUCGAAAAAUCGCAUUUUUAGCUUGCGGAUUCUCUAGAGGUCACCAUUUUUUCCGAUUUUAAAAACCGUUUAAAUAUAUCAUCAUUCCACCAUAAUGAAGGUUGAAUUCGAAUUUCGGGAAAAUCGAAAUGAAGCUGCCCGACAAAAUGGUCGCUCUUUGUACGCAAAUUGUGUAAAAGUAUGUAAUACGAAGGUUAUGGACCCUCUAGACGUUACAAUUUUUUAUUCGAUUUUGAUGAAAUUUAAAACAUAUCUUUAUAUCCCAAAGAUCUCAGUCCCUUUUGACAUUUCCGCAUUUCAGACCAUAACUUUCUGGAUUAUUGCCCCUGAUUGUACAAAAAAUGCGUUUGGUUUUAGCUUGUUCUCUAUCCAUCUCUUGCAAAAUCUGGGCGUAUCCUGCCUGGCAGACGCUGGUUUUAAAAACAUUACUUCGAAAGUGUACCAGCCCCCCGCACCCCCACCCCUCUCUCUUUCGAAUACUUGUUUUCAGAGUAAGACCCUUGAUCCAUUUAAAAGAUAUUGCAGAUGCAUAAACUUGUAAAGUUAUAACUCGAUUGACCGGAAAUGUCUACACGGUGUUUCCUAUUGCGUUAACCCUUGAUAACUGUAAGGACGCCCUGGGCGACCUUCGGUUAUCGUGAUUUCCUGACUAUCGUUGAACUAACUGAAUCCGAAUUUCAUUUAGUCCGGACCAUAGUCCGAAAAUACUGACUAUGCUAUUGUGGCAUGGUCGGAGUAGUUCCAAGAUGGCGGUGUCGAUGAAACCAAAGUGUAGAAUAUUUAAAAAGAAUCUAUUUUUGUUAAGAAUAUGAUUUUAGAAAAGCUUGAAUGAAUUUAAAAUGGUUGCUACCUAUUUGAUCAGAUAUUUUUUGUCACGUAUGUUAUGUCUGAAUCUAUGUAAGUCUAAAAAUUACGCACAAUUUUAUUACUUGCGCUAUGCAAAACGUAAAGUCAAAUUACAAGGAAUUUUGUCGUCUCUAAAAUUAAUUUGAGUCGCGCAAAUUUAACUUCUUGAAAGUAUUAUUUAUUAUCCUCCACGGAGAGAUGUAUAAACCUUCCUUGAGCUUAAGGUUUUUUUUCAUGUUUAUGGUCGAGGUCUUAAGCAGAGUAAAAAGACAUUACCAUGUCCCUGGGGGCAGCCAUCUUUGAACAGACGAUGGUCCGGACCAUUUGCGUUCGGUUUCUAGUUAUGACCACUGGAAGUGAAAAAAUUAUAACCGAAGGUCGUCCUGGCUGCCGGGGCGUAUGGUUUGUUGCCUAGGAUCCUAUAUGAUGAUACUAGAUACAUUAUGGAUUAUAUUCUCUACUUAACCCACCAUCAUAUAUGAUUUUUUUUAUUAUAAAUAUCGAAAUUCUUUGUACAUUUUUUUUUUUUAUAUAAAAAUAGAUAUAAAUAAUAGUUUGAAUUGGUAUACAGUGUUUAACAUGUUCAGUCGAGUCUAAUGAUUCGGUGUAUUACAAAAUGAUAUUAUUUAUACAUAUCUUCCAUGUCAUGCUUUUCCUAUUGUAUGUGUAAUUUUUAAUUAUUUUUGAGUGAAAUUAGUGAGUGAAGAAUAAAUCCUACAUAAUUUCUAAUUUCUUAUAAUAUAAUGAAUUGUGUUUAUAUAAUAAUUCAUAUAGAUUGAUAAAAUAAUUAGGUCAAUUAUUUAUUAAUUUGAAUAAACUAGGCUAUACGUCAUGGUUAUUUUAUGACGAUAUUAUAUUAGAUUAUUAUGUUUAACCCAUGAAAAUACACGAAAAAAAACCCCACGUGAUUUAUUAUAUAUAUAUAUAUAUAUAUAUAUAUAUAUAUAUAUAUAUAUAUAUAUAUAUAUAAGACAAUUUUUGUAUUUAUUGCUGUUGGAUUGCCAGUAUGAAAUGAUAAACUACAACUUUUUAUUGGCUAUUUGCAUGGUUCGACUGACCUUAGAUUGUUAUGAAGUGUUUUUAACAGAGUCUUUUUUAAAAGUAUAUACAUGUGAUUAUUCUUAUUAUACCGCACACAUCAUUUUAUUGUUUAAUUAUUUCGCUCGCAACACCGUGUCACCUGUUUGACCCUUCCUGUCUCGGUGUCCAACACAGUAACUCUGACCGUUGUCACUUUGCAGGGGUCAAUUUCUGUGAUAGGGCAUUUCAAGCAUUGUUGAAUUGUAAUAAAAUGUUUGUUACUCUUAA